CUGCGUUUCAGCAGUGUUUUGGUUAAAGUUGAAAACAUCAGUGAAGAGGCACCUCGCUUUCCCGGCGGCAACCAUCAGGUUUUGUAUGUCAGUGAAAACAUCCACGGAGCAUAUCCACUUACAAUUGGCACACUAAAAGUAGUGGAUAUUGAUCGGAAACAGAAUGGUACUCUCUCGUAUUCGCUUUUGCAGGGGAACAACUCGUUGUUCCUUGUGAUACCACAGACUGGUGAGCUGCAAGUCACGGGGAAUUUGGAUCGUGAGCUGCAAGAACAGUAUGAAUUGGUUGUGCAGGCGAAUGAUUUGGGUACACCGAAGCGACUCAGUGCAACGGUAGCUGUAACUAUACGGGUUCUGGAUGUGAACGAUCAUGAGCCAGUUUUCGAACAACCACAAUAUUACAUCGAGGUUAUGGAAAACGAGCCAGUUUUGGAGAACUCAACAUUGUUGUGCACAAAAGCUACGGAUCUCGAUGCUCCGGAAUUCUCAACUGGUGAACUGCAAAUCACGGGAAAUUUGGAUCGUGAGCUGCAAGAACAACAUGAAUUGGUUGUGCAGGCGAAUGAUUUGGGUACACCGAAGCGACUCAGUGCAACGGUAGCUGUAACUAUACGGGUUCUGGAUGUGAACGAUCAUGAGCCAGUUUUCGAACAACCACAAUAUUACAUCGAGGUUAUGGAAAACGAGCCCGUUUUGGAGAACUCAACACUGUUGUGCACAAAAGCUACGGAUCUCGAUGCUCCGGAAUUCUCAGUGAUAAGGUAUGAACUUACGGGAGCAGAGCUGAUGCCGUUCAGUAUCAAUCUAAUAUCUGGCUGUAUCCAGCGACUAGAUGUGUUAGAUCGUGAGUUUCGGUCCGAGUGGAUACUGAAUGUUACAGCGUACGAUAAUGGCAAGUUUGUGGAACGCUCAAGCACUGCAUUAGUGUAUGUACGGGUACUCGAUCAAAAUGACAAUGCACCGAUUAUCUUGAAUGAGCAGCUGGAUAUUUUUAUACGAAAAGGAAUCAAAAAAGGCGAAGUGGUGUAUGUUUUGAAUGCAUACGACCCGGAUGAUCAUGUCCUGCAUUACAGCCUCAGUGGUUCGAAUGCUCUGUAUUUUAACAUUCUCCAAAAUGGCGUAAUUGUUGCAGUCCGAGAACUCGUCAUGCAGGAUUACUCAUUAACCGCAGUGGUUGCAGACCGACGAGGCCUCAACACAUCCGUUGAUUUAGCAUUUUACACCGCCGAAGCCACCAAAUUCCCGAUUUUCAAAGUAACUUUUGCAAGUUUCUUGUUUCCACUGAAAAAAGCCUAUGUCUUCCUAGUACGUUUAUUUUAA